CCAAAACUGAAUCGAUUUAACAGACAAACGAUCCUUCGUCAAAUGAUAAAAAACAAGAAAACAAACAGCUUAAUCUCUCCAGACACAACUCAAACUAAAAAAAGAAAAAAAACCGACAUGGCUCAGAAUGGUUCGAACACUACUGUGAAGCUGCUCGGGACAUGGUCAAGCCCGUUCGCCUUGAGGGCUCGAAUCGCUCUACACCUCAAAUCCGUAGAGUACGAGUACAUAGAAGAAGCCGAUGUUCUGAAAUCAAAGAGCGACCUUCUUGUUAAAUCCAACCCAAUCCACAAGAAAGUCCCUGUUCUUAUCCAUGGUGAUGUAUCAAUCUGCGAGUCUCUCAACAUCGUUCAGUACGUCGACGAAUCCUGGCCGUCCAAACCUUCCAUCCUCCCUUCCCUACCCAAAGAUCGUGCCUUUGCUCGUUUCUGGGCUCACUUCGUCGACGGAAAGUGCUUUGAAUCGAUCGAUGCGGUGGUUAGAGCGAAAGAUGACACUGAGAAGAUAGCGGCGGCGAGGAAUCUGAUGGAGAAUCUUGCGGCGUUGGAGGAUGCGUUUCAGAAGAGCAGCAAAGACGGAGGCUUUUUCGGAGGAGAAAACAUUGGGUUUCUCGAUAUUGCAUGUGGGGUCAUAGUGGGCCCACUCUCUGUUAUCGAGGCGUUUUCAGGUGUGAAGUUUUUGAGUCCAGAUACAACACCGGGCCUGGUCCAAUGGGCCGAGAUAUUCAGAGCACAUGAAGCCGUGAAACCUUACAUGCCUACCGUUGCCGAGUUCGUCGAGUUUGCUAAACAGAAGUUCAAUCUUCAGUGACUACAUCUCAUAAUGACUUGUUUUUAUAAAGAAUUAAUAUUGAUGUUUGCUUAUAACGUAAUGCCAAAUGGAGACAAGUAUGAGUAUCGGAUUUAUGUUUGGCAGAAAAUGUUGUUUUGCAAGAACUACUAUUCGCGAGAAAUUUAUGUCAUGAUUCGAUAUAAUAAACAUUGAGCUUGGAUUUAGCCGUCUUUAUCUGUGUGCUUUAU